AUGACAUUACCACAGAGACAAAUCAGAAAUGGUUUGUUCGAUGCGAUGAUUCAUUGCACAGAUCAAGUUAUUACAGGCGAUAAAUGCCCAAUGGCAGACAAUUUCUUCUUUUCUGUCAUGAAAGAACUUGUUGACAUUAGCACUGGUUUAUUGCAACCUGAUGCUUCAUUAGAACUUCAUGAGAGAUUGAUUGUUGCUUCAGAAUUCGCACAGAACCAAAUAUUCGCUUAUGGAAAGACACCAUAUUGGGAAGUUCACCUUACAGCACAGCCAUUGACUCCAAUGUACGGUAUUGAUCAUGCUGCCACACUUGCAAUUGUUGCACCAGUCCUUUACGAAAGGCUUAAGGAAUCAAGAAAAGAGACAAUGGCAGAAGCAGCUGAGUACGUUUUUGGUGUUCAUGAAGGAACUGUUGAUCAAAAGGCCGACAAGUUCAUCGAAGGAAUCCGCAAUUUUGCUAUUAAACUUGGCAUGCCAUUGAAGGUUUCAGACUUCCCUAACGCUUCAAAGAUUCAAGAAGGAGAUGUUAAAUUCCUUGUUGAAAGAGCUUUAGAAUUAGGAAGAGGUCAACAAUAUGGAUACAACAACGAAUUGAAUGCAAAAGUUGUUGAAGAGAUUCUUUCUAAAGUUGUUCAAUAA